GAAAAGCUAAAUUGCUAAGCCAGGGCAAUGAAGACGAUCAGGGAAUUCUUGGUCUACCGCCGGUUCCUUCUCAUUAUUUUUACUCCCCUUCUGCUGCUUCCAUUACCUCUCAUCAUCAGAACCAAAGAAGCAGAAUGUGCAUACACAUUGUUCGUGGUUGCUAUCUUCUGGCUUACCGAAGCUUUGCCUCUGGCUGUUUCAGCGUUAAUUCCUGCUUUAAUGUUUCCGCUGUUUGGAAUAUUGGCUUCGAAAAAGGUGGCAUCCGCUUAUUUUAGAGAUUUUCAUCUGUUAUUGACUGGCAUAAUUUGCCUGGCAACAUCAAUAGAAAAAUGGAAUUUGCACAAGAGAAUUGCCCUGAGAAUGGUGAUGCUGGUGGGUGUUAACCCUGCAUGGCUCACCCUUGGUUUUAUGAUCAGCUGUGCAUUUUUAUCUAUGUGGCUUAGCAACACUUCUACUGCUGCCAUGGUGAUGCCAAUUGUAGAGGCAGUGGCUCAGCAAAUCAUUAGUGCUGAAGCUGAAGUAGAUGCCAUGGAGAUCACUUGUGCAAAUGGAGCCACCAAUCAUGCCCUGGAACUUGAAGAAAAUGUUACUGAGUCUGAAACAGUUGACUGGAAAUCCAAUAAAGCUGAUGGGUACAGCAAUGGCGCUGCUCACGCUGUGUGCGACGUUGAAAAUGAAAAGAAUUCAGAACCAAGCCAGUCUGAAAGAAGAUACCGAAACAAAAAAGACCAUAUGAUAUGCAAAGUCAUGUGCUUGUGUAUUGCCUAUUCAUCCACUUUUGGAGGACUGACUACCAUCACUGGGACGUCAACCAACUUAAUAUUUGCAGAACAAUUCAAUACACGAUACCCUGGUUGCCAAUGCAUCAAUUUUGGAUCCUGGUUUAUUCUUUGCAUCCCCAUCACUAUUAUUAUUUUAUUACUUUCCUGGGUCUGGCUUCAGUGGCUUUUUCUGGGUUUCAACUUCAAAGAAAUGUUCCAGUGUGGCAAGACAAAGUCAUCCAGAGAACAAGCUUCAGCACAGGUGAUCAAAGAUGAAUACAAGAAACUUGGACCAGUAAGCUACCCUGAAGUUGUCACCCUCAUCUUGUUCAUUCUAAUGGCCUUGCUAUGGUUUACUAGAGAUCCUGGAUUCAUCCCUGGCUGGUCUUCCUUGUUUCCAGAAUAUCCAGGCUAUGCUACAGAUUCAACAGUGGCAUUAUUAAUUGGGCUCCUCUUCUUCAUUAUUCCCGCAAAAAGAGUGUCUAGAACUUCAAACGGAGAAAACAUUGUUUUUGAUUACACUCCCCUGAUAACUUGGAAGGAAUUUCAAGCAUGCAUGCCCUGGGAAAUUGCCAUCCUUGUUGGUGGUGGUUUUGCGCUGGCUGAUGGCUGUGAGGACUCAAAACUCUCAGCCUGGAUUGGAAGCAAAUUAACCCCUUUAGGAUCACUACCCAUAUGGCUAAUAAUUCUCAUUUCAUCUUUGAUCGUGACGACAGUAACUGAAGUAGCCAGCAAUCCUGCUACAAUCACUAUAUUUCUGCCUAUCCUGGCCCCUUUGGCUGAAGCCAUCCAUGUUAACCCACUUUAUAUCUUGAUACCAUCAACCCUCUGCACAUCAUUUGCAUUCUUGCUACCAGUAGCAAAUCCACCCAAUGCCAUUGUAUUUUCUUAUGGUCACCUGAAAGUUAUUGAUAUGGUAAAAGCGGGCCUGGGUAUAAAUAUCAUUGGAGUUGCCAUUGUGAUGCUCGCCAUCAUGACAUGGGCACAGCCCAUGUUCAACCUCCAUUCAUAUCCAGCUUGGGCACCCCUUCCUUCAGGUGCUAAUAUCACUGGACUUUAAAGGAAGAACAGCAGGUUCCUUUUCUUCUUCCUCCCAGCUAUGGUGCUAAUUGAUAGAUCUGUAUGGUACAGUACAGCUGUGAUUUAGGAUAAGUUGCGCUUCAUGGUUCCUUGUCCUGAGUACUGACUGAUACAGCUGCCUGGAAAGCCACAAAGCAAGAAUGUUAUGAUCUGAAUAAUGCAACAGAAAGUAAGCCUGUACAAAUGAUCGAUCAGUUCUCCCAGUUAAGACUGUACUCAUCAGAGUUAGAAAAUGACAUUUGUACAUUAUGCACAUUCAUUAUGAAUGAUAAUUUGUCCCUGUUCUUCGGGUCACAAAAUUAAGUAGUAUGAAUGUAAGAAUAAUGGUAGAAGAAAUAUAGAUGGAAAGACAGGUAGACAGACUAAUGUAUGACAAACAGAUACUGUAGAUGCUAGAAACCAGAUGUUUUUAAUUUAUUAACUAGUAAGUCCCCCAGUCCCAACUUCUUCCAAGAUGCUGGUACUUUAUCUAUUCAUAUGGAACAUCUCACACCAUCAUACCAUCAACUAACACUCCAGGUGAACUUUCCUCCCCUAUAAUGACAUUUAUUGGUUACAGGAAGAUUUUUUUUCCAAACAAGUAAUGAAAGUUUCAGAAAUUCAUGCUAUGGAUGUAAUCAUAUGACAAAACACAGACAUGGCAGCUAGGAUGUUCUAUAUUGAUAGAUUCAUGUUGUAUCACAUUAUGGGCAUUAGAUGAUAUCACAGGGAAAAAAAACAUUAUUCUGAGGAUGAAAUUCCAUAAUAUUUUUAUUGACAGAAAAGUUCAGUAAAUCAUUAUUGAUUCUGAUAUAACCAAUUGCUGGAAAAAAUAAAUGCAUCCCAGCAAAUUCUUAGUGCUUUAUUUUUUGAACUGAAAAUUUAAGCACCUUUUUCAUUAAUAAAAGUCACUCUCAAGUCAAUCUUGAUUCCUCAUGACUACAUGGACACAUCCAUGCAGUGCACAAGUUAUUUGUCAUUAUCUUCUUCCAGAAUCUUGUGCUUUUUUAUCAGGCUAGAGCUCUGGGGUCUCUGGUGGUCUCCCAUCCAAUUACUAGCCAGUCAUGACCCUGCUUAUUAAUUGUCCUUAUAUUCCAAUUCCACUGUGUAGGUCCAUUUUAAUGAAAACAGAUAAUCAUGGAAGAAUUAUAACAAUUUCUUACCCUCUGAUUAUAAUUCUGGUUAAAACUAGUUAUGCUAGUUUUAGCAUACUCCUAUCAAAAUUCACGGCAUCUUUUUUUAUAUAUAGACUUAACUUUAUAGAAACAUAACAAUGCCAAAUAGUAUCUCUACAACUGUAAAAGAAAAUUAUAUCGUAUUCAUCUUGCUGGAGACCUAUUUCUUAGCCUGGGUACAUGCUAAACAUUCCAGAGACACUUCUCUUUAAGAGAAGAUGGAAUAGCAUUUUAAAUGUAUUUAUUUUGCACUUUUGUACUAAAACAUAUCUUUCUCUUAUACUAAAUGUGCUGUUGAAUAUUUAUGUAUCACCAAUGUUAAACACUGUAGAUAAAAUAUUCUGUGCAACUAUCUCACAAGAGCAUCAUAUAAUAGUAAUGUAUUUAUGUCAUAAGCAUAAAUAGUAACUUUUUUUGAAAUAUAAACUUAUUAGUGCAGAACAAUGUAUAUCAACCUUGGCAGCCUGAAGAUAUGCACUUCAGUUUCCAGAAUUCCCCAGCCAGAGGAAGUCCACACAUCUUCAAGUUGCCAAGGUUGAGAAAAACUGGUACAGAAACUUAAAGUUAAGCAUUGUCCAAGCUGAUUCAUUCUGAUCUUAGAGUGAACUCUGAUAUCUUUGCAUCACUCUGUGGCAUGCAUAUUCAACACAUAAUUUGUUACAAGAAGUAACAAUGUUUAGGGAUGUGCAGGUUUCACAGUUGAGAUGCUCCACUCUUUAUCUGCAAAUAAGAACUAGUUCUGAUCAGUUUAUGAUUAAGGUGGUUGUGCCAACUCAUGAGGUUACCAGUUUACUUCAGGAAAUUUCUUCAAGGCUACUGUCUAGAUAGAUAUGAGAACAUGUCCUGCUAUUGUCUGCAUAUUUUGCUUGUUUCCUAUUUUCCCUAUUCAGCUAAAUACCUCCCAUGUGACCCAGCCGUAUCUCCAGAUUUUACCAUCCUGUUCCCUUUUUUAUUCAUAUUAAGAUGAUAUGUGGAGGCAUAGAAAAUGGUAUUGCUGGGAAAUGGAAAAUGUUAGGUUUCCUAAAAAGAACCAUGGGGCAAAAAGUGAUAUAGUACAGGAAUCCAAAAUGAUAUAUUCCAAUAUGAUGAACAGUUGGAGUCUUCAAGCAGAUGAGAAACUUAAUGAGUUAAAUUACUCUCUCGGUAAUCUAUAGCCUGAGGAUUUUAUGCAGUUCUAGAUUGCAUAAAAUCUAUACAAUCAACCUGCCGCUGACUGCAUAACCAAAAUUCAGUAAUGAGCUGCCUGCAUUUCACUUUUUAUAUAGAAUUCAAAAACAAAAGCAGUGUGCCAUGCCAGUGGACUUAAUGCACAUGUUUUCUUUAAAAAAUAAAAGGGAGCAAGGGCAGGAAGAUAUUUUUGACCAAGGUUUCCUCAGUAAUGCUAUUUAAUUAUCAUGAUAUGCAAUGUAGGUCUUGCAGGCCCAAAACAUUAAAAAAAAACAACAACACCAGAACUU